GAACUCAGGUUGUUGGCAUUGUUACGCGGCAAUUCGUUCGAGAUCCACGUUGUGGAUACCAAAGUCUCCAACAAAAAUGACGCAACUAAAGUCGGGGCUCUGUCCAUCCCCGGACAUCGCACAGAUGUACGAGCCCUUUGUUUCAGCUCGGACAAGAUUGCAUUGGCAUCAGCCAGUGGCGAGUCAUUGAAAAUCUGGAACCGAGGCUCCCAGAAUUGUAUCCGAACAAUGGCGUGUGAUUACGCCCUGUCGAUUCUCUUCGCCACUGGCGACCGCAACGUGAUCGUCGCCACGAAGACGGGCAAGCUUCAAAUCUUCGACAUUGCAGCCGGACGACUGCUGGAAGAAAUUCGAGCUCACGAGGGCGAAGCCUGGACUGUGGCCAUGAGCCCAGAUCUUCGAGGAAUAGCCAGUGGAGGCGCCGACAAGAGCGUGAAAUUUUGGCAAUUUGAAUUGGUGGUGGACAAGGCAGUGGAGGAAGAAGAUGAGGACGGCCAGAUGAGAGGACACGGCGGUAAAAGAAUGAGUCUGACCCAUACGAAGACGUUACAGUUGGAAGAAGAUGUCCUUUGCGUUCGAUUUAGCCCCGACCAACGUCUCAUUGCGGUUUCUCUGCUCGAUUCGACCGUGAAAAUUUUCUUUGCCGACACGCUUAAAUUCUUUUUGUCACUCUACGGUCACAAGUUCCCCGUUCUCUGUAUGGAUAUUUCUUACGAUUCCACUACCAUCAUCACCGGUGGUGCCGACCGCAACAUCAAAAUUUGGGGGUUGGACUUUGGCGAUUGUCAUCGGUCCAUUUUCGCUCACGAGGACAGCAUCCUGGGAUUGCAGUUCGUCUCCAAGACGCAUCUCUUUUUCUCCUGCGGCAAGGACGGCAAGCUGAAGCAGUGGGACGCGGACAAUUUCGAGAACAUCACCACCUUAUCGGGUCAUCACGGACAAGUGUGGACGCUGGCCGUUAGUGAGGAUGGCAAGUACGUCAGCACGGCUGGACACGAUCGCUCUAUUCGUUUAUGGGAGCGCACCCAGGAACCGCUGGUGCUCGAGGAUGAACGCAAGACUCAGCGUGAAACUGAAGCCGACCAGGCAUUGGCUCUUGGCGAGGAUCGGGUGAUGCCCGGCAUCAAGGCGGGCGAGGAAACCUCCCUGCCCGGCCGCAAAACGGUGGAAACUGAACGGGCAGCCGAGAGGAUCAUGGAAGCUGUCGAAGUUCACAAGAAAGUCUCGCAGCAGUUGGCCGAGUACCGUGAAAAAAUCGAUCUUCAUCAGCAAUCCGGCCGGAAUGCCAGUGAAGCUCCCGCCGCUCCUCAACUCCAUCCGUUGAUGGUGGCGUACGACACGACUGAUCCCGACAGGUAUUUGUUGAAGGUGUUGCGCCAGGUGAAAUCCAGCGAAGUGGAGGAAGCUCUUCUGGUGCUGCCCUUCCAUUACGUCGGCAGCCUGUUGUCCCUGCUGGAUCAGUUGCUAGAAAAAGGCUGGGAAACGGAAUUGGUGAUGAGGAUCCUGCUCUUCCUCGUUCGUCUCCACCACGGCCCCCUGUCCAACACUCCUUCCCUGCUGCCGAUCCUGAACCGACUGCAAGGAGUGGCCCGCAAACGCGUGGAUCAAGUCCGCGAUCACAUCGGCUUCAACUUGGCCGGACUUCAGUACCUGCACCGAGAACUGGAAGAACGCGAGGCCGUACAGUUAUUCGCCGACGCUUCCGACCGUGUCAAGCAGAAACGCAAGCAACGCCGCAACAAAGACAAAGCCAAACAAAGGGCCAUUCUGACACUGUAAAAUUAUGGAAAAUAAAUAAUGACAGAAAAAAAAGAGAAAAUUUCAAUAAAAAAAAAGUUAAUGAAAUGAAAAGAAAUCAUUUUUGUAGGGAAAAGUAAGAGAAAAAGAAGGGGAUGGAAAACAUUAGUCAUUUUGGGUCGGUUGGUAAGAAAAAAGGGGAAAAUUCCCUUGGAAAGAAACGAUAAAUUUAAGGCAACAAAAAACUGUCACGAAGAAAUGUGUCAGCGACUUAGGAAAGAAAAAAUAAAGUUGGAAAUGUUAACGACCCGGUUGACGACGUCUAUCGUCUUGAUCAAGUCAAGAAAAAUUUUGUCGAGUGUAAAAUAAUUGAAUUGUUUUGUGACGAUUCAUUUGUGUUUCUCUGUUGAAAAAGUAGCGUUGGUUGCUCAUCAUUUUCAUCAUUAAUGUGACUGACGACAUCAAACUUUGUUUGUGUUUAACGAAGUGUGUAGUCAGCAGAGAGAGAGGAGAGAGGAGAGAAGAUGUGGGUCUUUUGCAGGUACUAACUAGGAGAAAACGUCCCAGAGACUGGGGGAUUGAGAAAAUGAGGCGGCGUCGACUGACCUGUUGACCUACUGAGACUUGAAAUAUGAAAAGGCAACCAGGAGAAGAGUAGUGGACAGACGGGAUUGUAGCCCCGGAUGUCUGCCUGCGCACUGCCCUAUGCUUGCCUUUAACUUACAUUUUACAUCUCCCUCCUCUCUAUAUAUACCGUAUCUUCCUUGGUUUAUGAAUUGUAGUAGUACAGCUACUUUAGUUUGUCUUUUUAUCUUGUUCUAACCCCCUAAAAAAGAAACUCGAGGUCUUCUGCGUCGUCGUGUCUUCUCUUUCCUUCCUUUCUCCCCCGUUUUUUUCCCCCUUUAUUUGGUUUCGUUUUGUUUUCUCGUAUUAUUAUUAUUCCCUCUCUUUUGAGACUCGUUUCUUCGAAGGUAAAGGUGAUUGGAGUUGUGUACGGUACGGCAUUCCCGGAAAUGAGCACACACACCGGUUCUUUUCGCUUCGCUAAUAGGAAAAAGAGCUAGGUUGAUAGUUACCAACAUUUAACUUUGUCAAUGUUUUAUUUUCGUGUUCGGAUAAAUUGUCGUAUCAUCUUUUCCUUCAUGUGAGAAAAACAAAUAAUAAAUCUUGGCCAGCCGAGAGAAAACCUGGUGGACCCGAUACCGAAUCAACAGCACAAGGUGUUGUAGACACACCAGGUAGAAGACAAAGAAAUCACCGCUAAAAGAGUUAAGCAGCGCGUGUAUUAUAUACAAAGCUCUUGGGUUGUGCGCCAGCGUGUUCCCCUUUUCUCUUCCAUCUCCUUUUUAUUCUCUCUCUCUCUCUCUCUCUCUCUUCAUUCUCCUUCUCGUAGUGUAGUGGUGGUUUUCUUUUUUUCCGAGUUUUUCGCCCAUCCAUUCGGGGGUCCGUCCUGUUGGUUGGCGUACGCGCCCCUUAAACUAUCUCGUCGACGAGUACCGCUCUGCGGCUCUGCCGACACUCAGUCCACGUUGAGCCGUGGGGCACUUCACAACUCCCCACAACCGCUCCUCUCUUCUCGUUUCCUUCCUCUCGACAACAAUGAUCCGCGGUGCGUGCGUUCCAGUCACCACCCGCCCCCUUUGUUUUGUAAACAAAAGGAAACACACACACACAAAAAAAGC